AUGGCAAACAAAGUUAGGGGUCGUUUGGUUGGGGUUAAUAAACAAAGGGAAAGGGAAUGGAUAGACCCAAUUCCCUUUGUUGUUGUUUUAUUUCAAAACUUUUAUCUGGGCAGCUUCAUAGAGCAAUUCCAUCUUUAUAAUAAGCUGCUGGUGCUUAUAUCCAAUAGGGUGUUGUUGCUUAAUGUCAGGGUUCUCUUGUGGGUAGUUUGUGAUAUGGUGUUAUUGAUGUUCUUUUCUACAGAAAAUGGCUCGCAUUGGUACUUCUUUGAAAAGGAAGAGAAAUUGGGACUUUAUUCGAACUCAUUAGGUGCCCUUGAUGGUAAAAUGAUUCUAGUGAAUGUUCCUUGUAAAGAUCGAUCCAAAUAUCGCACUAGAAAAGGUACCCUUGCUAUGAAUGUAUUAGGAGUAUGUUCACCCGAGAUGGUAUUUAUAUAUGUCUUACCUGGUUGGGAGGGAUCGGCACACGAUGGUCGGAUUCUUCGAGAUGCUAUUUCUAGGCCUAAUGGGUUAAAAGUUCCAAAAGGAUAUACUAAUGGAGAAGGAUUCCUUGCACCAUAUAGAGGGCAUCUUUAUCAUCUUAGAGAAUGGAAUAAUCCCCAACAACCUCAAAUCGCCGAAGAAUAUUUCAACUUAAGGCAUGCAAAAGCUAGAAAUGUGAUUGAGAGAUGCUUUGGGUUACUCAAGGGAAGAUGGGGGAUUCUUAGAAGUCCUUCUUGGUUUAGCUUACAAACACAUGGUCGAAUUGUACUUGCUUGUGCCUUAUUACAUAAUUUGGUAAAGAGAUACAUGCUUGCAGAAUUUGGUGAUGAGGACUUGAUGGAUGAAAGUAGUGCAAGUGGAGGUGGAAGGGGAAAAAACAAACGAUUUUGGACUGCUCAAGAAGAUAAAGUUCUUGUGGAAGCAUUGUCAGAGCUAGCUGUUGAUCCUCACUGGAGGUGUGAUAAUGGAUUCAGAAGCGGCUAUAUGGUUCGCUUAGAGGAGGUCAUAGGUAAGGCUCUUCCUGGUUGUGGUUUGAAGGCUCUGCCACACAUUGAUUCUCGACUUAAGACACUUGGAGCCAAGUUUAGGGCUAUUUCUCAAAUGUUAAAUACAAGUGGAUUCGUUUGGGAUGAUGAAAAAAAAAUGGUUUCUGUGGACCGGGCUGUUUAUGACGAGUUUUGCAAGAAUCAUCCGAAUUGCAAAAACUUGUUUGGAGUCUUAUUUCCGCACUUUCAUGAACUCAUGAAUGUUUAUGGCAAGGAUUAUGCUACUAGAAAACCAGGUGAAGAUUAUAUUGAAGCAAUCAAGAAUUUGCAAAAUGUUGCCCCUCCACAGGUUACACUUGAUUCAAGUGAUGAUGAGGAAGUUGCUGCUAGUGGUAAUGCCACUCAAAUUGUUACUUCUCCUCCUGCAAAAAAGAUGAAGACUGAAAAAACUUCUAAAAGAAGUAAGAGAGGAAAUGGUGGUGAAGGUAGUUCUAAUGAAUUGGCUAGCUUACAAGCAUUCAUGAAAGACAUGAAUGUUCAUCUUUCCACUAUGGCAAAUGUGAUGGCACGCACUGAUGAUCGUGAGCAAAAAAUAGUUGAAAAGACUGAGCAAGUGCUAGAGGAACUACUCUCUUUCAAUUUAGAAGGUGUAACUCCUAACCAAGUUUUUGAAGUGGCUAACAUUCUAACCGCACAACCAAACAAGCUCAUAAUAUUUUCAAAGUGUCCCGACGCUUUAAAAAGUGCUUAUGUUAAGAGUCUUAUUGGAGGAAAUAGUAAUGCUUAG